AUGAUCAUAAUUACGUAAGGAAGUUCUAUUCAUUUGAAUACAUUUCAUUUUGUACACGACUGCGAUUUAAACUACAUGUUAGAAUAAGAAUGUAUGUCUACUGUCUAUGUAUCGUUUUACAACAAGCGUAAUAAACAAUUCUGUAUCACGAAAUCCACCACAUGUUGAAAGAUUAAUAACAGUGGUAUCAUAUGCGCACAACUGAAUGCAUUGGGAAUGCCUGCUGUGUUUUGUUGUUCGACAAGGAAGCUUUUGAUAUAGAAAAAAGAGCAGUGAUGGGAUUGGUCAUCUGUAGUUUCUAGAAGAUAUGCUAUGUAAUGGAGUGAUAAGGGAGGAUUUUCAAAACAAGACAAGCUGAUUCCUCGUUGGAUACUGUUAAUAUUUACUUGAUUGAAUGGUGUGUUAGCGAGCAGCGACACCUAUGGGAAGAAUCAGUGAGGGUUCUUUAGCUGGUCCCAUCUACUGUGAUACUGUGAUACGAGACAUCCGUUCUCCGAGGACCUGUGACAUUCACACCUGAUGUCGAGCGUUUGGCGAUGGAACUGGGACUAUACCUGUUUUAACGACUUAGGUCUGUCGCGGCCGGGAUUCGAACCCCGACCUUCCGCAUUGAGUCAUGCAGAAUUUGACGUACGGCAUGCCAUCCUCCACAGAAAAUCAGAGUGAUAUUACACCAAAUUACCUGGAGAUUUUUAAUCAUAUGGCUCCACAGAUUGCCAUCAUAGAUCGUGUCAUAUCACCGAUUUUCUAUGUUAUUGGUCUCACUGCCAACCCCAUCACGACCAAGAUAUGGCUCAGCAGUAGGAUGCGUAAGAACAAUUCUUCAGCCAUAUAUGUUGGAGUUCUAUCAAUCGUACAUACCGUUUUUCUUCUCUUGCACAUCAUUCAGGAGUUAAAUUUUGCGUGGGGUGUUGCUACCUAUACCAGAAUGUCAGUGAUGUGCGAAGUGUUUAACAUGGCAAUUUUUAUUCCCCAAUAUUAUGCACCAUUGUUGGUCCUUGCCUUUACUGUGGAACGGUAUAUCGCUGUAAACCACCCAUUUGUGAAGGAGAGAUUCUGCACUGUAAAACGUGCAAUAUAUGUAUCUAUUGGUCUUCUUAUAUUUUCGUUACAAAUUGCUUCUUUACAGACGUACAUUUGGCGUUAUCACCCUGCACAGGGAUCGUGUUACCCACCGGAAGAAGUAGAAAGUUUUGAAAAAGUCUGGACACUAACUACCGAGUUAAUAUUAUUUAUGUUUGUUCCAAUCUGUGUUCUUGUAGUGAACAUUUUGGUCAUCAGAGAGAUUCGAAGAAUUACAUAUCAAAGUGCGCUACCACAGCAAGCACGUGGGUGUGGCGGCCAAACUUCGACAAUCACACUAUUAUCUGUUUCCUUCUACUUGAUAUGCACGUUGCUUCCGGCGUCCAUUGUUUUCGCACUGCAGGGUGUUAUUAAACCUGGAGAAAUAACGGAUCUUAAUACGAUGGCUGAAGAUCCAACGUGGAAAAGAUACCUACAAUAUAUGACGAUAAGGAAAGUAGUGGAGGAAAUAUGUUUAUCAAAUUAUUCCUGUUACUUCUUUAUUUACUAUAUAACUGGACAAAUCUUUCGUAAAGAAGUUAGAAAACUUUGUUGUUGGAGACUUUUCACAUCCGAAAAAGACAAAAUUGGAGUAACAAGCAAAACGGAAUACACUUUAGUGGUAACUGACAAUACAUAUAAAUCAGACGCGAUAUCUGAAAACAGACAUAGGAACAAAUCUGAAAAGAGUACACCUAUGUGAUAAUUUCCAUUACCUGUGAGUUUGCGUAUUCUUCCUACGCGGUACCACGUGAUACACCCAUACCAAUCUGCCAUUCUAGUGUAAGGGGCACCAUUUGUAUAUAGUUUUACACAUAGGCUAUGACAGAGCAGUAUUGUUAGAAUAUACUGAUAUUGUUAUGAAACUAUGUCAAAAAGCAGUUGCCAAUGUGGUAAUGCUAAUUUCACUAAGUUCACCAGCUUAUAAAUGUUCAAUAAAUCAAUUAAUUAUCUGUACUUAUUAUAAUAAUUAUAUUUUCAAAUAUGUUGAUAUAAAAUGUUUAAAAACCCAUUUCGUGACCGUACUGUUGCAGAAAACGUAGGCCGGACCUAAUACAAACAAAAGUUAUUUACCAAUGGUCAAGGUCCACAUAGGUAUAUUAAUUACCAUCUCAGUUAGAAAUAUCCAUAUCAUUAUCUUCCCACCAUUUUAUUCCAUAAUCACAUUGUUUUGUAAGAUUUCCCUCUAAAUUUUUCUGAUUUCUGUAAUUUUUCAAGAAUAAUUUUAUUUUCAUCCCGACCCGACCAUGGUACAAACUCUCUAAACCAUAGUCAAUAAACACGCUUUACAACGUAACCACCACCAUUUUUAUCACUCAGUACAAUAGUGUAUCACUCUUCUCACCAAUGUAGUUUAUCGAUACUUGUCGUUUUUGUGUGUUAUUUGUUUAUGUAAUUUAUGUCUCUUGAUAAAGACGCGGGUUGCGUCGAAAAUUUGAGUUUUAAAUAACCAACAGUGUCGUGGCCUUUUCAGUGCUUAUAUAUAUAUAUAUAUAUAUAUAUAUAUAUAUAUAUAUAUAUAGCAUCAUCUUGUGAUCUUUAAUUUUCUUCAUCUUAAAGGAGAAUACAGACAAUAAUAACAAAAACUACAUAUAAAUACAUCUAGCACUACAACUACACUAAUCUACAAACGUAUUUACAACGCAGACUACAUGUUUUUUGGUCUUUAGGCUUGCCAAUCAAUGUUAAAAGUGGAGCGAAUUAGGACAUGCCUUAUUCGUCCAAAAAUAUUAGAUUUUUUUUGUGGAUCAGCUCUUUGGACGAAUAAGGCAUGUCCUAAUUCGCUCCACUUUUAACAUUGAUAUAUACACUUAAAGGUAUGGUAAAACAAAAUGUACACUGUAUGCAUAAGUAUUAUGCUUAACUAAAUGGCAUUGGAUUUUCAAGGUCAUAAACUAGAAAGACGACACAUCGGCUUUAGGAAUUUAGCCAUAAAAGCUUCAAAAGUUGUCGAACAUAAAGUUCAAGAUAAAUGGUCACUAUCCAUGGUACCCAGCACAUCUGCAUAAGAUGGUCACUAAUCGGUACAUGUCAAAUAUCAAAAGGCUACCGCAAAAGACAAAAAAAGUAACAGCCCGGGCACAAUUUAAUUGUAGCAGGUAUCGAUACAAAUCAUUCUCUUGAAGUCUUCAAAUAUCUUGAUCACCUCUUCCUUCGGCUUGUUUAGAUGAAGUAUUCCCGCAAAAAUGUACCACGUGAAUAUGUUUAUUUAUUUACACAAAGCAAAUAUAGAAUUCGUAAAUUGAUUUCAGAUAUAUUUUCGUCAGAAUUCUGUUCAAGAAUCGCCAUAUCAUUUAUUUUCACGGAAAGUUAAAUACAAUAUAUCAAGUGAUACGAAGUCCUUAUUCACUUAACCCUCCCUCUCCUUAUAUUCAUGCGCGAUUAAAAUGAUAUUAUUUCGAUAGACUUCUUACGUUUUUCACCAUUAAUUGCUUGGCUAAAAUUUGAAUAUCAUUCAUAACUUUAUUAACCAUGUUAACAAAUGUUAAACGCAAUGCAAGACAUGUAGUUUUUCAUAUCCACAGUCUCAUCUUCUUCCAACUGUAUGCAGUUGCAGACCUGCUAGAUCGAUGCCCUAUUCUAAAAUAUUUUCACAUUCUUUCACAAACAAUGUGUGCGUUUCAUUGACAUUACUAAGAAUUCUAUGUGCAUGGCAAUGAUUUUAUUUAACGAAUCAAUUAAAAUUCACUGCCAGUCAAACUAUAUUCAGUUGCGUAAGAGUGAAGCUGUGAAUCCGCAGGAUGGGUCCGAUGCCAAGGAGUAGCUCGUUACACGAGUCGACUCAAAAAUUGUAGUUAACUUGUUUGGUUUUAAAAAAAAAGAUUUUACUUAUAUACCUGUACGUUAUGUAAAAUUGUGGACACUUCUGUGAUCCUUGAGACAUGGCUUUAUUCAUUGAGUGAGGAUGUUUGCAUUAUAUAAAAAUGCACCCUGGUGAGAAAGAAAAUUGUGUAACACGAAUACAACUUGAUAAUAGCUUCAGGUAAUUCCCUUAUCUCAACUCUCUUGGUUAGUAGAACCAAAUUUUUGUGCCAGUUAAGAUGCACAGCUCGGGUGACAAGCCCCCCACCCCCACCCCCAAUACACAUCAUGACGAAGAUAUCACAACCUUUUGUACAAGUGUUACGUUGAAGUCUCACACACAGUGUAUAUGUUUUCUAUUUAUUGCAUUUAAUUGUAAUUUGAAGUCUCUUAGCAUUCAUUUGAGAUGUAAUUGAAUGUAAACCACUUAAUGGUGUGGAUAUGGCGCGAAAAUAGCUCGUGCAUUAAGUACAUGAUAUAUUGUGUACAUAUGUUCAAAAUGUAAUCACUUCUUUAUUUACUUUUUGUAUUUAUGUAUAUAUAUCUCGUCAUAAAAUGUAAGUUGUUUCUCUUUUUUGUUGUGUGCUUUUGGAAACGUUUUGUUUAUUUUUUUCUUUUUCUUUAUUACAACUGUGUGCUAAUUGAUAAACUGACGAACCACACUUGACUAUAUUACAAGUAUAAUAAAAACAGACAGCGUCUACACCAUAGUUUCCACAACCAAGGAUUGGUCGUUUGAAGAAACUCACAGCAUCAGGACAGAGGUUGUACGGAGAAUGUCCUAAAACGUUUGCAAGUUUACAUAAACUGAACCGACAAAUAAACCAUAACAUAAAACUAAAUGUUGAAUGAAAAAAUGAAGAAAACGAACAGUGAUUAAUUUCAUAAAUUCCAUAAAGAAUACAAAAUUAAGAGAAGGGUAAACACGGACCCUUGAAUACACCUUAGGUAUGGUCAGGUGCCUAAUAGGAGUAAGCAUCCCCUGUUGAACGGUCACACCCGCCUUGAGCCCUCUUUCCCGACCAGGUAAAUGAAGAUAUACGUAGCCGAAAUCAGCAUGCUAAGAAUGGCAUAACAAUUGAUAUGAAGAACGUCAGACAGCAUUCGACAGGUUGUAUUUGCAAAUACGAUCAUUACAACGACCAUAUAAUUUGCGAAAUGCUGACUUCAAACGAGAAUGUUGACUCCCUUGUCGAUUGUGAGAACAAAGCAGAAAUAUCACUGAUCGUCAAAGAAAAUUUGAUGAACUUGACACAUCAUAAUCCGGAAUAUUAGAAUAAAGUCUUGAGAGACAAAACGUCGGUAUAUCAUUAAGUAUGGGGAUAUUGUGGAUACAUAUAAUUUCAUAGACAUAGAUUUGUGUUGAUUGAAAAAUCAAAUGAAUAUAUUUACAUAGAGUGUUAUGGCGUGUAAAACGUUGCUAUAUUCGAUAAUCUUGUGAUGUAUGUUCAAUAUCUUGUGAUGUAUAUUCUAUAUCGUGUGAUGUAUAUUCGAUAAUCUUGUGAUGUAUAUUCUAUAUCUUGUGAUGUAUGUUCGAUAAUCUUGUGAUGUAUGUCCAAUAAUUGCAUUAUGGGUAAUAUGAUGCAACAGCAUACUAUUAAAGUAAGGACGAUUUUCAUUGGUUGGAAAUAACGAAAGUAUCCGGUGAUGCAAAAUAUGAUACACUAGUAUGUUAAAAAUAACACUGUAUGACUUCUUAGGACCUGUCUUAGACACAGGCACCUGAAGUAUUGACAUUGCCCCUCCCCCCUCUUUUGUUAUUUUUUGCGGCGAUGAUUUCUCCAAAAUGUGUCGAUUCCCUGCCAAUCUCAUCUUUCUUUCAAUUUAUGUAAUCGUUUCACACUUUUUGUAAGCUAUAGAGAUUGACCUUCUACCGGUAUACACAUUUCAGAGAAAUCAUCACCGCAAAAAAAAAAAAAAAAAAAAAAAAAAAAAGAAGAAAGAAAUUAAUAAUAAUCGAGAUUAUUUGAGUUUAUAUCAAAUAGUCCGUAUUAAUUUUGAUACACCCUGUACGUCGGGUCUACGUGACUUUAGUGGCUCUUGGUACAAGUUAAUUUGUAUGCACUACGUCACACUCGGUACUCCCUGUGAUCGGACCCAUCAUUACAUUUUUUCCAACCGAAGCAGCAGCAACGUGGUUCUUAUCUUGAGGCGGAAACGAAGCACGUGGCUGAAUUUUUUCUCCCCCUUUUGGUUUCAAUCUUGACAUUUUUCCUGUAUUCGGAAUGCCACCACGAAAACGAGCGGCGACCCAGAGAUCCCCGGCCAGGGGGAUCGGGAAAAAACGUAACCGCCGGACACCAGUUCAACUCCGGGAACGAAGCCCACCUCGCACCGCCACAUCUUGGACGGAUCGACAAGCCCCGGCAGAGGGGCAGUCACAGCCCCCUGAGGAGGCCCCUCAAUUUCCAAUGGAUAGUACACCGGAUAACCCGGUGGGCCCGUUUUCGAAGACUUGCACCAGAGGCAGACCAGUGGCCUACACCACUACCAGCCCACAUAUGGGACUUAUAGAGCAGGAAACAUCAAGACUUCUUGAUAGGUCACUGGCUCACAACACUCACUUGGCAUACAAUACAGCUUUAACCAAGUUUAAACAGUUUACUUUACUGUAUGGUUUCACUAGCACAUGGCCUGUCCCUGUCGAUCAGCUGCUGCAUUACAUUGCUUACUUGUCACUAAAUCAGCUUACAUAUAGGACCAUCUGUUUGCACUUGAGUGCAAUUGCUUAUCAACAUAAAAUCCAGGGUUUCCAAGAUACUACUAAAGCAUUCAUUAUCACAAAAGCCCUGGAAGGUGUCAAGCGAUCUGUAGGCGUCAACCAAGAUAUCAGACUUCCUAUAUCAUACCAAUUAUUUGUUAAAAUCAUUCAUGCCUUAACAUCAGUAUGUCGCUCGCCUUUUGAAUCAUGUCUUUUUUCAGCAGCCUUUUCAUUGGCAUUUUACGGUUUGCUCAGAGUCAGUGAAGUUUUGUCAUUGCUGAGUUCACAAGUUUCUCAAAACCAGCUAGGUCAAGUGUCAAUAAUUUUACAUAGGUCCAAGACUAACCAAACCGGCAAACCCCUAGUUUGUCAAAUUACCAAACUUCCGGACACCAAUUUCUGUCCAACACUACCAAUUAAGGCAUAUUUACAGCUUAGGCCCCCCCCCCCCAUUCUAAUACAUUGCUCGUUCAUGCGGAUGGCACUCCUAUGACACGUUUUCAGUUCCAGGCAGUCCUUCAAAGGGCUCUGUCAUUCCUUCAACAAUCUGGCCAUUUCAGGUCACACAGUUUCCGUAUUGGCAUGGCAACUGAAUUAGCAAAUCGGGGAUAUUCACAUACUUGCAUCCAGCAACAGGGUAGGUGGAAGUCCAACGCUUUCUUAGCAUACAUUCGACCUCAUUAGUUUAUUCUCCACACACACACACUCAAUUCAUGCAUAGCACUGAGGUAUUUCAGUUAUACUCAUUGCUACUCUAAAGUAAUACAAGACAAGUAUUACAGGUAAAACUAUUUGGAUUGUUUGGUCAUCGAUCCCAUAUUGGGCUGGCAUUGCAGCACAAGACAGACCAGGAGGGUGCAACCUCAACUUGCAGGCCAACAUCACCUGGAAAGGUUUCAGAGGACUCAGAUGGGACCAGUUGGAGGACAACCUCAACAAUUUAUUACUGGAGCACAAUCAUAAACCCCCUGAAUUUUUACUCAUUCACUUAGGAUCCAAUGAUUUAACCACUGAGCAUGCCACAUCAAAAACUUUUAAAGAAGAUGCACAAUGUACCUUGUUACGAUUCAAUGCGCUCUGGCCAAAUACAACCCUUAUCUGGUCAGCUAUCCUACCUCGAAGAUAUUGGCAUUUUGCCUCACUUGAUGCUGGUCCCAAAAUUAACAAAAAAAGGAUAAGAAUUAAUAGCUGCAUGAAAAAAUUCAUGGCUAACCAGGUAAGAGGUCUGUACAUUGGACACGACCAUGUCAUCAAGGCUACUGAGAUUGAGUUGUUCCGAACAGAUGGCACUCACCUGUCGGAUUUGGGAAAUCAAUUAUUUCUCAACAAUAUUCAAGCGGCCUUGGAAUAUUUUUUCAAACGUCAAGGCGUUUCUUACCCCCCACACAAGUGAUUUAACAUUUCAUGCUUGGUGCUGUUUAUCAUGUGUGCAUUCUGUAAUUUACGAAACUCUAGGUUCAAGUACUGUGGUUUGGUCAUGACUUAUUCUUAUCCAUGUAAUUCUUAUUGUAUGUUUCACUCAGUUUUUGGUUCAUGCUACUUGUUUUUGUGGGGGACAUUGUUCCAAUGUCUGUGGCCGAACUGGGGAGUCGGUAAUGGUAUGUGAUGACGGUUUCAGCUCCAAAACCUGGUUGUUUCCCCCACCUGCUUCUAAAGCAGGGGGCAAUUUACAGUACUAUAAGUUGUAAAAGUUCAAACAAGUCAAUGAAUAGUGGGGCCACCACCGGGGACGGUUGGGGCCACAUCCACCUCACUUCAGUGAGGGGAUGCUACAGUCUGAUGCAUGUUAAGGGCUUAUGUCCAACAUGAUAAUGUACAUACCAGGUAGCACUGCAGGAGACAGGGUGAGAAGGGCGGGUCUCGCUUACCUCCUUAGAACGCUGGCGUCCGUUCAGGUCUGGGCACUGAAUGUUUUACUCGGGCCCCCCAGUGUACCCCUUACAAGUUAAGUUAAACUGGCUCACUGGGCGACUCCCCAGUUACCCCACAAAAUGUUUUCACAUGCGGCCGGUAUUGUCCAUUUUUAGUAUAUCCCGAAUGUACCAUUGCUGUUAUAUCU